UUUCAAGAACCGUCUUUUGUAUGUUCAGCAGCGCAUAACCUCAAACUUGAAUACACAUUCAGGAUGUAAAAAUGGUCAAAUCAUACUUGAAAUACGAGCAUGCGAAAACGUUUGGCCUUGUCACUUCCAGUACCGCAAAUGUCGUCUGGUCCUCAUCUCCUCUCGAAUCUGGGUCAUUGCGCGGAACAGGCGCAGGUCGAGCCAUCACAGCUGCCAAUGAAGAAGUGCUAUGCUGGGACAUUAAAAAGGGCGAACUUCUGAGUCGUUGGAGGGACAACAAUUGCAAGGCACCAGUCACUGCUAUUGCACAGAGCAAAACUGACGGAGACGUUUUCGCCGUCGGUUACGAAAAUGGAAGUAUCAGAAUAUGGGAUUCAACAAUAGCGACCAUAAUUGUCAGCUUUAAUGGCCAUCGGUCAGCGAUUACGACUCUUGCUUUCGACAAAUCCGGGACCAGGCUAGCAAGUGGAUCCAAGGAUACGGAUGUGAUUAUCUGGGAUUUGGUAGCUGAACUAGGCUUGUUUAAGCUGAGAGGACAUAAAGACCAGAUUACGGGGCUGCAUUUUGUCCAGCCAGAUGAACGACCCAGUGUCCAUGAAAAUGAGGAGACAACUAUUGCUACUUUUCAAGAUUCAUCAGCAGAUGAAGGCUUCCUGCUCACGACUGGCAAAGAUGCGCUUAUAAAGCUCUGGGACAUCUCAUCUAGACACUGCAUAGAGACUCACGUUGCACAAACCAAUGGAGAGUGCUGGGCUCUAGGUGUAUCUCCUGAUGGAGCCAGCUGUAUCACCGCUGGCAAUGAUGGGGAGCUCAAAGUUUGGUCUAUCAACAGCACCGCGCUCCUCGAAUCAUCAAGAGAGCCGGAUAGUGCCAUGAAAAGCAACUUCUUGCAUAGUCGGGGUGAUAUUCACCGUCAGGGUAAGGAAAAGGCAUUAGAAGUCACUUUCCAUCCUCGGCAGGACUAUUUCGCUGUCCACGGAUCAGAAAAAGCAAUCGAAAUAUGGAGGAUACGCUCAGAGGAAGAAGUCAGGAAAACUUUAGCACGCAAGCGGAAAAGGAGGCGUGAAAAGCAAGCAGCUGGAAAUGAGAAGAUGGAUCUUGAUGGAGGAGACGCGACAAUAGACGAGCAGGACGAAGAUGCUUCAAAAGCCGAAAUCAGUGAUGUUUUUGUCCCUUAUGUGAUAGUAAGGACUGGCGGUAAAGUCCGUGCAAUGAAUUGGGUCAAAAUGAAGGGCUCGAAAGCCAUACAACUACUGGCUGCCACAACGAAUAAUCAACUAGAGGUCUACAGUGUCCCGACCAAGAAUCAAGCCAAGAAGGUCAAAAGUGAAGAGCUUCCAGAAUAUUCGCGAAGUCUUUCCGUGGAGCUUCCUGGCCAUCGAGCAGAUAUUCGAGCACUCGCUCUCAGUUCUGAUGACAGAAUGCUAGCAUCGGCAUCUAAUGGAGGGCUCAAGAUCUGGAAUGUACGCACAAGAAGCUGCAUACGUACUUUCGAGUGCGGUUAUGCAUUGUGCUGUGCAUUCUUGCCUGGAGACAAAAUUGUGGUGGUAGGCACGAAGAGCGGUGACUUGGAGCUGUUUGAUAUUGCAUCUGCUGCAGUUCUUGAUACUGUGAAGGCCCAUGAAGGUGCCGUGUGGUCUUUACAGGUCCAUCCAGACGGAAAAUCACUCGUAUCUGGAGGAGCGGACAAGACAGCUAAGUUCUGGAAUUUCGAAGUCUUCCAGGAAGAAAUUCCUGGCACGAAACGAACCACCCCACGAUUACGGCUAACACACACACGAACAUUGAAAGUCUCAGAUGACAUCCUCAGUGUCCGUUUCUCUCCAGACUCCAAACUGUUAGCCGUUGCUCUAUUGGACAACACCGUCAAGGUGUUCUUCGUAGAUUCGUUGAAGCUAUUCCUCAACUUGUAUGGUCAUAAGUUACCUGUUCUGAAUAUGGAUAUUUCGUUCGACAGCAAGCUCAUUGUCACAUGUUCUGCUGAUAAGAACAUCCGCCUCUGGGGGUUGGAUUUUGGCGAUUGCCACAAGGCGUUCCUUGCUCAUCAAGACAGUAUCCUUCAAGUAGCUUUUGUUCCACACAACCAAGAUGGCAAUGGGCAUCACUUCUUCAGUAGCAGCAAGGACAAGAUGAUCAAAUAUUGGGAUGGCGAUAAGUUUGAACAAAUCCAGAGGCUGAACGGUCACCACGGUGAAAUCUGGGCCCUUGCUGUGAGCAGGACUGGGAACUAUCUUGUUAGUGCAAGCCACGAUAAGAGCAUUCGAGUAUGGGAACAGACUGAUGAGCAGAUCUUCUUGGAGGAAGAGAAGGAGAAAGAGCUUGAAGAACUGUACGAAAGUACCAUGUUAGCCUCCCUGGAAGGCGAGAAAGAUGAAGAUGAUGAUGCUGAAUUUGGAGAUGUGGCAAAGCAAACCAGCGAAACUCUUACUGCAGGAGAGAAGAUCACCGAAGCUCUAGACAUUGGCAUGGCAGAUCUAGAGCUCAUGAACGAGUGGGAGGCAGCGAAAGCUUCUCAGUCCAACAUCGCACCACCAUCACGAAAUCUUCUUUAUAUGGCUUUAGGGGGAAUCAGCGCCGAGGCUCACGUCAUGAGGGUACUGCAAGGGAUACAAGCUGCAGCACUGCAAGAUGCCCUACUUGUCCUACCUUUCAUCAAACUACCCAUGCUUUUCACAUUUAUCAACAUCUUCGCAAAGAGGUCGAUGAACAUUCCUCUGACCUGUCGGAUCCUGUUCUUCAUGCUGAAAACUCAUCACAGCCAAAUCGUCGCCAGCAAAACCAUGAAACCAAUGCUAGAAGAAAUUCGGGGCAAUCUCAGACGAGAGCUGAAAAGACAGAAGGAAGAAGUAGGUUUUAAUCUUGCAGCUCUGAAGGUUAUCAGUACUCAAGUCAAGGCAAAGGGAGUGAAGGAUUAUGUAGAUGAAGAUACUUGGGAAGAGGAUGAGAAGGGAGCCACCAAGAAGAGAGGGUUUGUACAAGUAUCUUGAAAAAUACCCUGGAGACAUGUAUCACUAAGGAUAGGAAAAGUCCUGAUAUGCGAAAUGAAAAC